AUGGCUGUGCUCGCACCGCCGCCACCGCCAGUGCCGGUGCACCACCUAUACCCUCCAUCCCGCUACGCUCCACGCAAGGAUCCAGAGAUAACCGCCGCACUCCCUGCCGUGAGCACCCCAAGGACGCCGGCCAGCGCCGAAGACGCACCAGAUCCGGACCGAGAUCCCCGGAUCUGCGCUCCGGACGCCGCCAGCCAGCACCACCGACCCGCCGCUAGCCAAUCACCGCCGGGAGCGAGUCACAGCAAAGCCACGGGAACACCACGCCACAGGAACACCACGACACGCCUAACAGAGGUCACAGCCCCGAACCCCGCCGCCCAGAUCCAGCCAAGGUGGAUCCCAGGCCCCGGGCUGCACCAGCCGUCGAGGCACCACCGGCAGCAGGCGCCCCACCACCUCCGACGCCGAGCAGGGACGCCACCGUGCCUCCGCCGCGCCACGCCGCCAAGGUCAUCGGCGCCCAGAUCUGAGCCGUCAUUGGGGGAGGGAGGGGAGCUGCGCCGGGGAGAUGCCCCGCCGCCGCCGGCACUGCCAGGACUUUGCCCCGCAGCGGACCAUGACGGCGGCAAGGGAGGGAGGCGGGGAAGGGGGCGCCGGCGGCGGGGCGGAUAG